AUCGGUUCUCUCCUAUAUAGAGAGGACACCACAGACGGACACUGCUCAAUGAAGCCAAUAAAGGGACCAGGGUAGACAAAUAUACAGAAUUCAGUAGCCAGUCAGUCUAAGAAUCCAACCAAAGGGUUUUACGGGACCAGAGCACAUGGAGCUUCCACAGAAAAUGCUAAAGUGUGAAAUAUAACUUUUGUAGCCUUCUUUUUUUUACAAGAAAAACUUUUUAGCCUUCUUGGCUUCCUAGCUCUUGGGAUUUAUCUGGAUGCGAUGUUCCUUAAAAUGUAAGACCCCUACAUUCUCAUACAAAGAGAGGAUAUAGUACAUUAGGGUCACUUUGGUCAUGCUGUGAAGAAAGCUGAAGGAAAAAACAGGGAACAGCCGAAGACAACAGCGAUAUCUUGUAGUUCUCCGUAAGCCCAUCUCUCAUGCUUGAUCAGCGGUGAUGUUUUAGUGUUCAGUCUUUACUGACCAACCUGGAUGUCAGAUUACUCACUACUUAGUGACCAAGGAAACAACAUGUCGGAAAACAAGGACCAUGUUGAUUGUCAGACUUCAGCCGAGGAACGAAGGAAGGCUCUUCUCUCUAAGAUCAAAAUUGUAACCAUAUCUGACCUGCGGAAGGAAUGGCAGAGCCGGUCUGAAGAACACGUGGAGAAACAGAGGCUCAAUCCAUUCAGUGACGAAUUUGAUUACCAGCAUGCCAUGGGGGUCCGACUUCAGAAGGGCGAUGAAGGUUAUGGCAGACCGGAGGAAGGCAGCAAGACAGAAGCCAGGGGAAAGAGAGCGUUACAGCAUAUACACAAGGAGAUCGAGGAAAUGUGCUUCAUCAUUAAGGAGGUGGGAGUUCAAGGCCGAGACGGAAAGAUUAGAGUGACAUUUGGGAGGUUGUUUGACAGUUAUGUGCGCAUCUCGGACAAAGUAGUUGGCAUCCUCCUGAGAGCUCGAAAACACGGACACCUGGACUUUGAAGGAGAGAUGCUGUGGCAGGGAGUCCAUGACAGUGUCAUUAUAACUCUCCUUGAAUAAACGUACAAACGUUUGACCAAUAUAUAUAUAGAUUGUCAAAUAAAUUAUUUAUCUAUAUUUUCUGCCAUGA